GCAGAAGAAUGGCCAAGAAGACGAAAGCUAAGCCUGAAGAGUCUGCUGAAGCACCCGGGAAGAGCAGGGAGAGUCUUUUCAGCAGCACAAAGAAUGUCGACCCCGCUCUCGCUUCUUUGUUCGCGCGCAGCACUCCAUGGCCCCCUUCCAAUGCGUCAAAGGCGAAAGUCAAUGGCAAGCAAGGGCCUCUGAAGCUGAAUGCAAAGCAUACUCCAGGUCAAAAUCAAACCGAUGAGGAGGGAUCGAGCGGCAAGAGCGAGGCUAGUGUUGAAGAUGAAAGCGACGAGAGCCGGAGUAGCAGUUCGAUCACCUCGUCAUCUGAGGAAGAUGUAGACUCGGAAUCGUAUUCAAAUCGGGAGGAAGCUGGUUCUGAUGGCAAGCCUUCAGUAAAUCAGCAGACAAAAACCACCUUGGACGAGACCAAGUCUAGUAGGCGCAAACGAAAGCGUGAGGAUGAGGAUUUGGAGUCCAAAUACAUGCAACGACUGGCACAGGAGGAAGCACGGGAAAAACAUAAACAUGAAGCAGAGCGGCUGCUCAAGAGACAGAAAGCGUCUGAGACUACAGGGGAUGAUGAAGCCCAAGACGCUGGCGACGAUGACGAUGAUGCGCAAGACGAUAGCGAAGAUGACGAUGACGCUAACAUGCUAGAUGCUCGUGAGGACGAAGAACAAGAAGAUGGUGAUGACGAUGAAAAUUACCAAAUCCCUCAACACGAGACACUGGCCAAAUCCCCAGCCGCUGAGAUCGAGAAGGCAAAGCGAACCAUAUUUCUAGGCAACGUAUCCACCGAUGCCGUUAUGUCAAAGAGGGCUAAGAAGGCAUUACUGCAGCACAUGUCAUCCUUUCUGAGUGCCUUGCCCAAAGAAGACUCCACGGCGCAUAAGAUUGAGUCAAUACGCUUCAGAUCAACUGCAUACACCAACAUGCUUCCCAAGAAGGCGUCUUACGUUACACAAGACCUCAUGGACUCGACAACAAGGACUACAAAUGCCUACAUAGUAUACACCACCAAAGCUGCCGCACGUGAAGCCCUUAAGCUCAAUGGCAGUAUUGUGUUGGGACGCCAUCUGCGCGUAGACUCUGUAGCACAUCCAGCUAAAAUAGAGCCGCGAAGGUGCGUAUUCAUUGGUAACCUCGGUUUCGUGGACGACGACAGCGCCAUCCAAGCUGCCGAAGCCGAAGGAAGCGGCGGGAAAAAGCGUAAGCCCAGGAAAAAGCAGCCCAGCGACAUCGAAGAGGGCCUGUGGCGCGAAUUCGGAAAGUGUGGCACAGUGGAAAAUGUGCGCGUCGUUCGCGACUCAAGAACACGUGUGGGUAAGGGCUUUGCUUAUGUACAGUUCGCGGAUGAGAAUGCGGUCGAAGCUGCUCUGCUGUACGAUGGCAAAAAGUUCCCUCCCAUGCUACCUCGUAAACUGCGCGUAUCGCGCGCAAAAGCUAUGAAACGCAACUCGGCUAAGAAGGAUACACGAUCACAGUCAGCUGCAAACAAGGUGUACAACCCAAAGAUCAGUGAACAGCAGAAGUCGACAAUGGGCCGGGCGAGCAAGCUGCUCGGACGAGCUGGCGCAGCACUUCUACAUCAGUCUGAUCAGGCUGGUGUAAAAUCAGUUGGCCGCAGUACUGCCGGGGUAAAAGCACCGGAGUCAUUUGUAUUUGAGGGACACCGCGCCACGGCUGGUUCGUAUGUGACUAAGAAGAAGCGUGUCGCUCCCAAAUUGAAGGGCAAGCCAAAGAAUCGUAGUGCUCGGCGAGCGUCUGCAUGGAAGGCAGGAGGCGGGGUCUAGACUAUUGAGAAGGCCAUACCUGGAAUAUGAUGGAAGGGCUGACGGAUUAAGUAAGAAGCUUAAGCGUCUUGCUAAGAUGCAUUGGCAUGAAGUAAGGGCAGAGGGGAGUGCUGAAGGAAGCGCUUGGAAAGGAGCGCAAAUCCAAAGCUUAGCAUGGUCCAGGGAUGGUCGUGGAUCAACAAGUGGUCGGGCCUAGUCUCCCGAGCACGUGAGACAGAAAGUCAGUAAGACAGUCAUCAAUGUACAUUAAGAGAAUCCUCCGGCACGUCUGAAUUUCGAGCCAAAAAUCUCUCGCGGA